AUGGAUCCAGUCCUGCUCCUGGUACUCAGCCUCUCCUGUCUCAUUCUCCUCUCACUCUGGAGACAGAGCUCUGGGGGAGGGAAGCUCCCUCCUGGCCCCACUCCUCUUCCAAUCAUUGGUAAUUUCCUCCAGAUAGAUGUGAAGGAUAUUCAAAAAUCCUUCACCAAUUUAUCAAAAGUUUAUGGCCCUGUGUAUACUCUAUAUUUGGGCUGGAAGCCCACUGUGGUGUUGCAUGGCUAUGAAGCGGUGAAGGAAGCUCUGGUUGACCAUGGGGAGGAGUUUGCUGGGAGAGGAAGGUUCCCAGCUUUUGAUAAAGCUGCUAAUGGAAUGGGCAUUGUAUUUAGCAAUGGAAAUAGAUGGAAAGACACAAGGCGUUUCUCACUCAUGACUCUGAGGAAUUUAGGCAUGGGAAAAAGGAGCAUUGAGGACCGUGUUAAAGAGGAAGCACAGUGCCUUGUGGAGGAACUGAGGAAAACCAAUGGCUCACCCUGUGACCCCACCUUCAUCCUGGGCUGUGCUCCAUGCAAUGUCAUCUGCUCCAUUAUUUUCCAGGAUCGUUUUGAUUAUAAAGAUCAGAAUUUUCUUAACUUGAUGGAAAAACUAAAUGAAAUUACCAAGAUUCUGAGCACCCCCUGGUUGCAGGUUUGCAAUACAUUUCCCGCUCUGCUUGAUUAUUGUCCAGGAAGUCAUAACCAAUUUUUUAAAAAUUAUACUUGUAUUAAAAAUUAUGUUUUGGAUAAAAUAAAAGAACAUGAAGAAUCAUUGGAUAUUACAACUCCUCGGGACUUUAUUGAUUAUUUCCUAAUUCAAAAAGGGCAGGAAGACUGCAAUCAACCGCUGAAAAAUACGGUUGAACACCUGGCCAUAACAGUGACUGAUCUAUUUGCUGCUGGAACAGAGACAACAAGCACAACACUGAGAUAUGCUCUCCUACUCCUGCUGAAGUACCCACAUGUAACAGCUAAAGUCCAGGAAGAGAUUGAGCAUGUGGUCGGCAAAAACCGAAGCCCCUGCAUGCAGGACAGGAGCCACAUGCCCUAUACAGAUGCCAUGAUUCAUGAGGUCCAGAGAUUCAUUGACCUCAUCCCCAACAGCCUGCCACAUGAAGUGACCUGUGACAUUAAUUUCAGGAACUACUUCAUCCCCAAGGGAACAACAGUAUUAACAUCACUGACAUCAGUGCUGCAUGAUAAUAAGGAGUUCCCCAACCCAGAGGUGUUUGACCCUGGCCAUUUUCUAGAUGGGAAUGGAAACUUUAAGAAAAGUGACUACUUCAUGCCUUUCUCAGCAGGGAAACGGAUUUGUGCAGGAGAAGGCCUGGCACGCAUGGAGCUGUUUCUAUUCCUAACCAGCAUUUUACAGAACUUCAACCUGAAACCUCUGGUUCACCCAAAGGACAUAGAUAUAACCCCAGUGCUCAGUGGAUUGGCCUCAGUGCCUCCAGCCUUCCAGCUCUGCUUCAUCCCUGCUUGA